GACGAGGUGGAGCUGGGCCGGGAAUUCACCGCUGUGGUGUGUGGGAAUGGGACCGAGAACUCCUGCUCUGGUCGGACCUGGGAAUAGAGAAGGUGGGAGUGCGAGGGUGAUUUUGUUUUGUCAUUGCUCGUCAUAUUCGUUGAACGUGCGACGUGCUUGUGGUAGAGUUGUUGAGUGAGUGCAAUUGGGGUGAAGAGUGGGAAGUGACGGAACCGAGCGGCUUCUAAUGGGAGGCCUAUUCGUGGGUAAGAGAGACAGAGGUAGAGAUGGAAGGUGCCGAAUGCUAUGGAAUUAGAGGGGCACCGAAGGCCACCAGCGCCGUAGAGCCGAUGGUGCAAUAUCUAUUGUGGUCAGAGUAUCUGCUGUUGUGGAAUCAGGAAGGUGCUCUGGGCAAUUAGUGUCAAGUUGGAAUAGGAACGGAGGUUGCCGCACGCUGGUGCGGAGGCAACUGAGAACAGCAGCAGCCAAAGCCAUCAGAACUUAGGGGAGGGCGUGGAAUUCAGCCGGAUAGGACAAGAAGAAGUGGCAGAACAUGUUUGUGCAUUUGUAGGGCAGUCAUGCAUGCAAUUUGGGACGUAAGCGCGUCGUCUUUGAAGCGGAAUUGCAGCCUCAAAGAACUAAAUCUUCGAGAAUUCGAACAAAGAAACAAUCUAUGAGUGAAGCAGGACGUCUUAUCCGGGUAUCCUCUUCAGUGCCUAAACACAAUUUAACGGGGUCGCUCCAUCCUCGAAGUCCUCUUGAAUUUAAGCAACAGCGAUUGCUAGCAACUCGUGAAACAUUGUUUCAAGGAUGGGAUGUGCCGCUUCCAAGGAUGGGUUGGUGUCGAACCGCAAGUCCCGCCCUGCACAACCAGGCAGGAGCAUGUCCAUGUCAGUUCAAGCGCAUGGCAACAGGGAUAAUGGCUUCCAUAUGGUAGCUCUUGCUUCUAGCACCUACGGCAUUUUGAAGGUGGAUGAAGACAAAGGAAACGAUUUUAACUUCGAUAUUAAACCCGAUUCUGCUCAUGAUGCUUUCUAUGAGAAGCUGAAAAACUUUGAUGUUCCUGAAGAUAUGAUUGCGAAGCCAUGGUCUGAGGUUAGUCGUAAUCUUCCUAAAAUCCCGCCCCCGACGAGAACAGAUAGUCCACGGCGAACUGAUAGUCCCCGGCAGAUGGGUGCUUUGCGGGGAACUGAUAGUCCGCGACAGACAGGACGUAGUUUUCGGGGAACGGAUAGUCCACGGCAGACAGGACGUAGUUUUCGGGGAACGGACAGUCCACGACUGGCAGGACGUACUAGUUUUCGGCGAGCGUCGGAGAGUCCGCACCAAUUACCGUCGCAGGCUGCGAAAACUGAUCACGAGACUAUCAACUUGUGGGAGUUGAUGGAUGGUCUGGAGGAAGAUGGAACUGGGAAAUCGCAGCCGAAAUUGAAACCAGUCGAUAGGGUAAGCCGUUCUCCUGUGAUCAAACCCUUCGAGAGAUCCGUCACCUUUUCGACUAUCCAUACCUUAAGUGAAUUGGACUCUGAAGAUCCAAGCAAGGCUAUUGCGCUUGGCUCGGCUGGCCAUGUUUUGAGCAGCACAGGGACUGGAGAAAGUGGUAUUAAGGAGAACGGUAUGCCAGGAAGGGCAAUGUCUAUGCCUGCGAGGUCACCUGUGAUGCCUGCGAGGUCGCCUGUGAUGCCUGCGAGGUCGCCUAUAAUGCCUAAGAGGGAUGACGUUUUGGUGAGGAUGACGCCGUCGUCACCAGCACCUUUGCCCAAAGCUGCUACUCCAAACAGUAACUCCUUACGUCCUCGCCAACCUAUCGUUACACCGAUGACGCUUACACCAGAGGGGAAUGCCUCAAUUCAAGAAGUUAGCCAUGCCGUGAGCAAAGCCCUUCUUCCGCCUCCUUCACCAUCUGUGAGACCUGUUUCAGCCAAAAUAAGCAGUGCAUCUCCCAGUGUUGCACGUCCUCGACAACCUAAUGUUGCACCAAUGACGCUGACACCGGAAGAGAAUGCUUCGAUACGGGAAGUAAGUGCCGCCGUAAGCAGAGCUCUGCUACAGCCUCCUACAUCUUCGGUGUCGACUGCUCCAGUCAAAGUAAGCGGUGAUUCUCCCAGCGUUGCUCGCCCUCAGCAACCUACCGUUGCACCAAUGACACCGACACCGGAUGAGAACGCUUCAGUUAAUGAAGCAAGCAAAUCCCUCCUUCGGCCACCUUCACCUGUGCUGAGGUCUGUCGGGACUAGAAAUGCGAGUGCUACGCAGGCGCAAAACAAGCCACCAGAAUUGCAGCCACGUCAAUCCCCGAUGUUGAAGGUGGACAAACCUCUGAUGUCACUCAAUACAAAAUUAGAGGCUGAAGUCGAAAGAGCUCUCUCUGAAGAGCGGAGUGUAAAUCCAAGGCGAUCACAAUCGACUACGACGACAUCGUCGGAGUUUAGUGUGGAAAUCAAUCGUGAUUCUGGUCGUGCCCAUGUUGCCACAGCGUCCUUUGGUCAGGAGGGUGCAGUUAUCCGUCCAGAGCACGCUCUUGGGAGAGUUGAGGCUGAUGAAUCGUCGAGUCAGCCCAGUCGGCAAUUGCCACGAUUUGCGUCUCCCAUACAUGUGCUUUCACUGGCGGCCUCGUUUGAGCUUGAGAAUCGGAAGAAUUCCAUGGGCCAAGCAGAUCUGAAGGUCCCUCCAAUAUCGCCAGGUCCCACGACGAUGAAGGCUGGUGGGUUUGGUCAAACAGGUAGACAGUCAUUUUCAAAGCAGAAGUCCAUGCCUAAUACCUCUAUGAAAUCCACACCGUCCCCAGGCCCAGGAGUUGGUUUGCAGUCUCAGGCUCCCAUUCCUAAUCCUAUUAGCGAUGGCAAUUACAAUGCCAACAAUGCAGCUGUGGGGGAUCAAAAAGGUCGUCAACUGCCUGAGAAUGGUUUGUCGUCUAAUUUGCAAGUUUCCGCUGGCGAGGCUCUUAGAAGAAGUAAGGUGAUCAUUCCUCCUGCAGUCAAGGGUUUUCCAGAGAGAGUGGAGGGGAUUUCGUCAGGAGCUGUUAAAAGCCCAAUAGGUGCUUCGGAACGAGCUGCGAGCACAAAUGCUACAAGCUCAUUAUUUGUGGAUGGAAUUGAAGACUCGGGGAUGGACUCUGAUCUCUUGGCUUCUUUUGAAGAAGCUCUGGAGAUGUUUUCUACAGAUGAGUGGUACGAGGUGAGAGGUAGCAAGGAUGGGGCUACGCAAGCUUCUGAUGCCGCUGAGAAUGAAGGUCCUUCGCCAAUGUCAUCUGACAGACAAGAAGACAGGCUUUUUGGAGAAAAAGUACCUCAGGGAAAUGGAAAUAAGGGAACAACACCGAAAGCAAUCGUCCCUCCAAGGAUUGUGAAACCUGAUCCGUGGGCACGGUUUGAGAAGAAAUGUCCACCUGCUGGUGAGGACCGUAUUGUGCUCUACACGACCAGCUUGCGUGGGAUUCGCAAAACAUUCGAAGAUUGUAACAAUGCAAGAUUCAUCUUCGAAAGCUUUAAUGUUGAAAUCGAUGAGCGAGAUGUGUCCAUUCAUGCGGAGUUUCGGCAGGAAUUGAAGGAUCUGGCUGGAAUGCCUGUACCAGUUCCUCAGGCUUUCAUUAAGGGGCGUUAUAUUGGUGGGGCUGAAACCAUCACACAACUGCAUGAGGAUGGCACCCUAGGCACUUUAGUGGAUGGUAUACCUCCUCAAAAGUCACGGGAAGAAUGUGAUGGGUGUGGGGGAGUGCGCUUUGUUCCUUGCUCAGACUGCAGUGGCAGCACAAAGGUCGUAAACGAUGCAAAUGAGGUGGUGCGGUGUAGUGAAUGUAAUGAGAAUGGGUUGAUGCGGUGUCCUAUCUGCUACUAAAGGACUCACAGCUUCAGUUCCUUUAGACUGUACAGAAAAUUUAUCAUAAUCAUCUAGUAUUUGUGUGGUCUGGUAUGUCACAUCAAUUUGCAGAUAAUUUGCUGUGGUUUCGAAGUAGCAAGCUAGUUUGAAAGCUAGAUAUGAUAUAUAUCGUCCCGUAGGCUGCAAGGUUCUACCUCUCAAAUGUUUGUGUCAAUGAUAGCGAGAAUGAGUUUGCGAGGGUUCGCUGCCGAUUACAGUGAGGAAAGUGAGUAUCCACAUAAUGGGCUGGAUACCUCACUCUAGUUAAAUACUCUGGAAGUUUAGUUUUUCAAAUUACUCGAGUGUUUGGACAAGCGUUUCUUCCAAUGCUUGUCCCAUUCGGCUCAUUUUAUCCCA